AUGACGGACCCCGGUUUAGAUAUAUCCGUAAAGCAAGUUAUUGUCCAAGAAGUACAAAAUGCAGUAUCUGCUUCACAACAAGCUACCCUUAACCAAAUCACCGCUUUGAUAGAUAACAGGCUAUCCACAUUCCAGGGAAAAAUCCAGCAGUCUCAGCGAGAUAUCAGUCAAUCCCAGAUGUCCAAGAUUGAAGAGACUUUGUCGGAGAACUAUACUUUCCAACGGAAGGGGAACGAAAACCAAUACAAGCACGAGGUUAAAGUCCUGACGAAGUUAACGGAGGCAAAAGCACAGUUAGACGGAACUGAUUUGUCCGUAGAAUCCAUUCAUCAAGCUAGAGACAAUAUUGUUGAAGGUAUGGCUAUUGUAAGAGACAGGCAGAAACUCAUUAAACUCGCUGAUUCAUCCGAAUUGGGUUGGAGAGUCGUUAAGGAGUACACAACUAAUCCAAUUGGCGACGACUCCGAAGAUGAAAAGAAGAUGAUAAGAGCGCAAAAUAGAGCUGAACGUAGGAGCAAGUCAGACAAGCUUAAAAAGUCAACGAAGACGGUCAGGAUUAUGCCAUAUUCCACCAAAGAGAGAGAUCCAAAACCUACUUGGAGAACAGGGAGAUGUUUUAAUUGUGGCAACAAGGGCCAUUGGGCGAAUGAUUGUCCUGAGAAGAAAGAUAAGAUAAGUAUAUUUAAAAAAUUUUAAUGUACUAAUUUGUAUGAU